AUGGCUCAUGGCCCUUCCAGCUUUAAUGUUCAGUGCUGCUACUAUUCAGCACCUGGGGAAAUACAGCUGACUGUGUACAGUGCCGCCCACAAGCACACAAGGGAAGAUAAGGCUGAUAAGCAUAUGAUUAACCUCCUGAGAGCUCUUUCUCUUCGGAGGCCCACGCAACGCGGAGGACAGGGGCGUUCUGAGAGCGCAACCAGCGCCCCCACGAGCCUUCUCAACAAGCCCAAGAGCGAGAAGACCGCGGAGGAGCCGCAGAAGCGGGGGGAGGAAGAGUUGAACACGGGCCCACUCUCCGUGCUCACGCAGUCCGUCAAGAACAACACCCAGGUGCUCAUCAACUGUGGCAACAACAAGAAGCUCCUGGGCCGGGUGAAGGCUUUUGACGGGCACUGCAACAUGGUGCUGGAGAAUGUGGAGGCGAUGGGGACCGAGGUCCCCAAGAGUGGCCAGGGCCAGAAGAAGUCCAAGCCAGUCCACAAGGACCGCUACAUCUCCGCGAUGUUCCCGCGCGGGCAUUCGGUCAUUGUGGCCCUGCGGCACCCACUCAUCGCUGGCAAGUAGGGGCUUGCUCCCUGCUUGGCGCCAGGCCUCUCGGGC